CGGUAGAAUGGAAAAAAUCAAUUGCCCCAGAAUUCGAGGAAGGGGAAUAGUAUUAGAAACCCUAACUAAAUUGGAGUUCUCCCACCGAUCCACGCCCACAGCUCACCCUAACCGACAUGGCCGGCCGACGGCGGCGUGGCGGGAGCGACGGCUGUAAUCCGGACCUUUCUGACGACUCCCGGGCGGGCAUGGCUCGCAACAGACGCGAAAUUCUAAGAUUCAUGUACGGGUACUACGAGGCGGCGUUCGACGCGCUGCCGCUAGAGCACAUGCCGGCGCUUGCCCCACGCCUCCUCGACGCCGGCGUUUGCUUCGGCUUCGCCGACCCCGUCACCAACAUCAUCGCCAACACUGUCUGCUUCCUCCCCGACGAGGAUGGCGAGCCCGAGCCCAACGGCGCCAAGAAGCGGAAGAUGAAGACGAUGGCCUCAGGGCAGGCAAGAGCGAGGGACGAGAUCCUCUCCAAGAUCGUCGCCGGCGACGUCCCCUCUAGCUUGGAGGCACGGACCAUAGCGGAGCGCUCUCUGGAGGGCCUCGUCAGCUUCCUCACAUCUUACUUCCGCUACCUCCCCACCUGGGAUACGCUGCGCUACCUCUGUCUGGCCCGGGCCGACCUCCUCGUCGCCGUCCACCUCAUCGAGCACGACCGCUGCUACCGCAGGAAGGAUGAAUUCGGCAUCCGCUCGCACACGGCCAAGACCGCCCUCAAAUGUGCUGCGUGUUCGGCGAGGCAGCCCAAUAUCGAUGCCUUCCUCACCUGCUCAUUUUCCCUAGUGUCUCAUCUCAGCGUGAUCGCCCAGACUGUGCCGGCAGGGCGCCGCUGCCGCCUCUCCAUUCAAGAUAUCUGCUGGUUGUCUGGAUUGCUUCUGAAGCCGGUGAAGCUGAAGAACUCACAGAAUCCUAUGAAGCUUGCUGCUCUGCGGUUGGAUCAAUAUGGCAUAGAGAAGGUGCCACCCAUGCUGACUGAAUCACUUCGUGGUGUUCUUCUAGACAAAAUCCGUGUUGUGUACCUGAAGGCGAUUUCUAGGAUGCCAAUGGAAGAUUUCCGCAGUCUUCACCACCACGGCCUCCUCAAGGGAGGUUACUGCUAUGGCCCAUUCAGUCCUAUCUCGAACAUCAUCGUCAACACCGUCUGGUACGGCACCGCCUUCCCUGCAGCACAAGCUUUUGAGCUCGACAUGAUCUGCACUCGAAUUUCUAUACGCACUGAGUCUCGAUCUCUUGAUGGACUCAUCAACCUCUUGCGUGCACGCAUCUCUGAAAUCUCUGAACAUGAUGCUAUGGUCUAUCUGCUCAAAAAUAAUCUAAAAGUGUGCAAAGCAGUUCUGAUGGCAAGACAAGAUGGGCAUAAUACAUCCAGCUGCAAUGCCAGUGCUUACAAGGCUGCGGCGGAUGCAGCGCGUCACCCUGAACCUGAAGCAUAUGUGCAGUUCGCCAUUAAGUCGCUACCUGUGGUGUCCUCUGCUGUCAAGGCACUGCUGACUACUCACACACUCUCCUCUAGCGAUAUUCUUUGCCUCUCUAGGCUGUUGUCACCUUCAAGGAGUUACCCUUCUAAAUCUUUGGAGCCAAUUGAUGAGCUGACUAAGGAUGCCAUAGAGAUGCUCUCAAGCUACAAAGAAAAUUUCUUCACUCAACAGAAAUUUGUCCGCAGAAAGGUGGAAGCUGCUUUGCAGAACUGUGAGCAAACUAAGGGACAGUAUGAGCUACGUGUUAUCUGUGCUGUGAAUGAUAGUGUGGGCAGAAAAAGCUUCAGGGACUUGAAAUAUCCAUAUUCCCAUGUCAACUUUUGGGCAAGUCCAAAAGCUGGAACAAGUCUUACCUUAUUUUUCGCCGAAGUCAGUAACGAUGAAGAAGAUGACGAAACUCAACAGUCUUUUUGCCGCCCUGUGUUAGAUCCAUCAACAAAUGUUCGUUGCUGCUAUUGUGAGUUUGAAGGGACUAGGAUUGUGCAUCCAGUUGAGGGUUACUGUGGAGGUGCCAUGGAUUUUGAGAAAAUGGCUUCGGGGAGACAUACUAUCACCAAUGCACGAAUUAUCAGUCAUGGGGAGCUAAAAGCUUGCCCAGUGGGCAUAUUAGGAGAGGAAUACAUCUAUUUUGAUCCUGCUCGGGAUGCCAAUUUUAUUCGAGCUAUGAACCAGUCUGCGUGGGCAGCGAAUCUUGAUUGGGGGGAUGAAAUUAGGAGAAUAAGACAAAUGAGAGCAUGAGAGGAUAAGACAAAUAGAUACAUAUUGAUAUCUUUUUAUUUGUAUAAAGGCGCCUUUUCUUGGUGCGGUUAAACAUGUGUUUAAGUGGUACUGCCAGCAAAACUGCA